UUUUCGUGCCUUGCUUGGGUUUCCGAACGCAUUUCAGUUUCAGUUGCCCUUUCCAAACAGUUUGACAGCUACUACGUCAGAUUAUAUUUCGUAAUGGCGGACAGUGCAGGAAAAAUAAUCGAGAGGUUUGACAAAAUAUGUUAAACUUGUGUAAAAAUAUUGUGGCUCACAUAUUUAACAAAUAAAAAAUUCGAUUUUCAAGUAAUGUUUCCUUUGGGGCAUGAAUAAAACAAGUUUCUGUGCGUAUAUAAACUAAUUUUGUGUUGAAUGCAAAACGCGUAAUUUUUGUUUGCUUUAACGCGCAAAAACAUGAGAGUGCAUUUCUGAAGAGAGCCAAAAUCAAAGCAGAAAGCAACAAAACUGACAAUCGCUGAUUGAAAAAAAUUUCUGUUGAAGCAAAUCAGAACUAAUUUGCACCAAAUUUAUUAACAAGUAGUAUGUUUGCAAGUAAUUUGCAAAAACUAAAAUAUUGAUUCAACUCAUAAAUCAUAAGAAUUGUGUGCUUUGUUGGUGUGGACACAUUAAGUAAAAUUUUCAACAAUGCCGGGCAGCCGAGAUUCCAAUGGUAGCAGUCCAAAUAGUAAUAACACUAAUGGCUCUACGCCUGGCACACCGACAUCCUCGACACCGCGCUCACGCGGCCGACCUGCUAAACGUGCCAUGUGUACUUGGUGUGGGGAAAGUAAGCAGCAACUGCAGUACGUGCUGCCUACAUUAAACGGCAAGAAGGAGUUUUGCAGUGAGAAUUGCAUUGUGAUAUUCCGCAAAGCAUAUAGCAAAGGUGCUUGCAUGCAGUGUGACAAUGUCAUACGUGAUGGUGCGCCCAACAGGGAUUUUUGUUCCAUGAUGUGUAUGAAUAAGCACAUGAAGAAGAAUGGCCCAACACGUCAAAAUAGCCACAAUAACAACAAUAACCGCAACGAUGCUGAACGUAAUAAAAUGUCUAUGGUUGGAGGUUCGUGCACGCCAACAGGUCCAUUUCAAUACGAGAGCUUUCACGUAUUUGAUUGGGAAGCUUAUUUGAAAGAAUCGGGCAGUGAAGCUGCUCCGCCUAAAUGCUUUAAGCAAGCACUUAAUCCACCAAUGAAUGACUUUAAAAUUGGUAUGAAAUUGGAAGCAAUGGAUCCUAGAAAUUUGACAUCUACUUGCAUUGCUUCUGUUGUUGGAGUGUUGGGAUCUAGAUUGCGUUUACGUUUAGAUGGCAGCGAUAGUCAGAAUGAUUUUUGGCGCUUGGUCGACUCGAAUGAAAUUCAUGCGAUUGGCCAUUGUGAGAAGAGUGGAGGAAUGUUGCAGCCACCACUUGGAUUUCGCAUGAAUGCCUCCAGCUGGCCCGGUUACCUCUGUAAAAUUUUAAAUAAUGCAAUGGUAGCACCUGAAGACAUCUUCCAACCCGAACCAAAAAAACCAAAGGAGAAUCUCUUCAAAGUUGGGCAAAAGCUCGAGGCGGUCGAUAAAAAGAAUCCUCAACUGAUUUGCUGUGCGACAGUUGAUGCGAUUAAAGACGACCAGAUUCAUGUGACAUUUGAUGGGUGGCGUGGAGCAUUCGACUACUGGUGCAGCUACGAUUCCAGGGAUAUAUUUCCUGUUGGUUGGUGCGCUCGUAGUUGCCAUCCUAUGCAACCGCCUGGCCAUAAAUCUCGCAUGGAAUCAAAUUCGAGUAAACACCGAACCACUCGUCAACGCAUUGCUGAAACGCGAACACAGGAAAUUGAUUCGAUGUUGCCAGCUUCACCAGUUACAGCACAUUUUCGCAUCAAUUGCAAGGGUGGACCAUUUAUUAACAGUUCUAAACUACCAUCAAUGGUAACUGGACCCACACAUCUGACAUUGGCAAAGCUUUGCUUGCAAGAAGUGUUAGCAGCCAGUACAGAUAACCAACAACUUCAGAAGCUAUUAUUUGCAUUGGAUGGUGAUGUGUGCAUAGUGCCGGCAGCUGGUAAAAGUUAUACGGUUAAGAUACCAUCACAAUUGCGAAACAAAGAUGAUGAAAGCUUGGCACAAUUCAUACAAACACUCUGUGCUACAUGCAGGGCAUGUCCAAAUUUAAUUUCAUUAACGGCUACGACUGAAGAGUGCGAAAAAUGUAUAAACAAUAAGAAAAAGCAUAAUCCAAUAACGCCACCAAUUUCACCAGCUCUACCUGAAAAACGUAAAGCUAUCAAAGUGGAAAAUGUGGAAAAAGUGACAAGCAGUUCAACUGUAAAUAAUGGCGCAGCUAAUGAUGCAGAAUCAAAGCCAGCGGAGAAAAAAUUAAAAAUUGAUGUUAAAUUCAAUGUAAAUGGUACAAAUAAGCAGGCAAAUUCUCCUGUUCAAGUCUUACGUCCAAUGCGACAUCUUCAUACGAAUCAACAGGAUGAUAUGAAGUCAACAACAAACAGCACAAAUAACAGCAAUCAAACAACAACUAAUCCAAUAACAACAAAUCAAUUAACAUCUAAUCAUAAUUCGAAUGUAAAAUAUAUGGCACCACUUGUAGCAGAGGUUCAUCCAGAGCAAUCCAACACGGCGACAAAUAGUACGUCCAGUUACAAAUCACCAUCGGUGCUCUCUUCAAGUGCCUCCUUGCCCACAUCAGUGGCAACACCAUUCAGCGCUUCGCAAUCAGGUACUUCAACAGCUGUUGUUGCAAAUCCAGUAACGGCUGUACAAGCCACAACAACAACCGCUGGUACAUCGACUAUGACCACAACAUUAACACCUUUACGUACACAUCCUGGCGAAUGGUCGACAGAUGAUGUUAUCUACUUUCUACGAACUAAUGAUGAUUCUUUAGUUAAAUAUGCGGAUCUCUUUAGAAAACACGAAAUUGACGGUAAAGCCUUUAUGCUGUUAACAUCGGAAAUGAUGGUUAAAUAUAUGAAUUUAAAACUAGGACCAGCCUUAAAAAUAUGCAAUUUACAUCAAAAUAGUUCCUUUUAUGAAAACGUGGUAUUGAACUAGUUCUUCAAAAUGAUAUGAACUAUUCAAAAAAACUUUAAUAUGUGAUCAAAAAGAGGUGGAGUUUUCAAUUUAAAAUAAAAAUCUGUGUCAAAUUUCAUGCCAGACAGAAAGAUAAUUAAGUAAUGUUUAUAACGUCCUUUUUUGUUGGCAAUUUCGAAUGUGGUGUAAAAUUGCAUCCGGAGCAACGUUGAAAAUGUAGCAGAAGACCAUCGAAAACAUGUUUAAAAGCAGUAUAAACAAUUCAAAGAAAGCUGAGAAAGCGUUGAUGACUAAAUAACCCCAUUAACGAUCAAUAUCAAUUGAGAAUUCAACACGUCAAGAAAAUCAAUGAUUUGGUGCUCAAAAGUUCUGGAUUCACAUUUCGUUUGGAUCAAUCCAGACUAUUUUAAAAGAUAUUUUGUAUCAGAAGAGAGUAAAACCUCGUCAAGUAAUGGAAAAAUUGCGUCAUCUUAAAGUGUUUCUGACUAUCUGGAUAAGACGAUAUGCAUGAUAAAUGAAAAUAUUUAUCUAUUCAAAUAAACCAAAAACAACUGCCCAAUUAAAUCGGUUCAAAAUCAUGAAAAAACCGAGACCAUGUUGGCAGUUUUCUUCGA